AUGGCCUGCUCCCAUCCCCUGGGCUCCUUCAGCUACCUGUCCACCUGUACCUUUACCUGUGAGGAGGGCUAUGAAAGGCUGGCCUCCAGCUCUGCUACCCUGCAGUGUGGAGCCUCGGGACAGUGGAACGACUCACAGCCGCAGUGUGUUGUUGACUUUAGCUGCUCUGAGGGUUAUCUCCUCAAGGGGGCGAUCACGCUGACCUGCACAUCAGCUGCUGAGUGGAGUGAGGAGAUACCACACUGUGAAGCUGUCCAGUGCCCCUCUCCUGUGGUUCCUCUGGGGGGUCAGGUCAGCUGUGAGGCCCCCUCACAUCCCUGGGGCACUGUCUGCAACUUCAGCUGUGAUGAGGGCUACGAUCACCAGGGGGCCCCAAACAUGCAGUGUUCACGGUCAGGGGAGUGGAGCGCUGACACACACCUACCUGCACAGCCACACCUGAGCCUCCAUUGAACCCCACUAUCCUAGGCCUGGCAGCAGGGGGCGCUGUGUCAUUAUCUGGCCUGUCUCUGGCUGCAUGGCUCCUCAAACGAAUCAGACAGAAAGCUAACAAGUUUGAUCUGAACAGCACCUCAGACAUUGAGCAUCCUUUACAGACCUACAGGAACAGCAUCGAAAGCCUGAUAUAGAGACCAACAACAAUAACAACAGCAGGAACAACAGCAGGAACAACAGCAGGAACAACAGCAGGAACAACAGCAGGAACAACAGUCGGAACAGGUUGGCUCUGUUUUCAAAGAAGAUCUGCUGGUCACACCUGGAUCACAGUUCCUCAGUAUUGUAAUGUAGUAGGUUAGAUAGCCUUGAAUCGUCUGACUGGGAGAGAGGUGCUACGUUGAGUAUACAGAAUCAUCUGUUCUCAUGAUGGUCCUACAGAAAAUGUAUUUUUUCUCCCAAAGGGAGUUUUGUAUUGAACAAAUUGUUCACCACUGGCUGGUAUAUGACCACAAGUCGACACAUUUCUUAUGAUACUGAUUUUGACAGCUAUUUUAUACAAACUACAGAAAGUUAUAUAUUGUAUUCCCCUGUAUAAUUAUUUGUAUUAUCAUAAAUAUAUUUUUAUGAUUUUACAGAACUGUGAAAUCAAUGCCUUUCAGUAUUUAAGAUGUAUUU